AUGUAUGGAGCUGCUCAAGCCUCAAAGCCGCAAGAACCUCAACCACAAGUUUCCGAGCCGAUCGCCAGUAGAUCUGACUGGUCCAACCUGGCGGAACCACGAUCACUAUGGGCGCAGAGCGGUGUCGAUGGGAACGACAAAUCUCUCAUGUCUCCCGACAAGUCGUUAGGUGAAGGAGCUACAUCUCAACGAGACGCUGUAGCAUCGAUAAACAUUCCUGAGCCAAUGUCCAUGACAGCAAACCCGCCAUGUGACACGUAUCUCUCUGCAUUUUCGGCCACCACGCAACAUGAUGAUGUGCACUUCGACGGAUCUAUUAUAGGCCGUGCUCCUUUUGAAUUGCAGUCGUCCGAACUGUUUUCCUUGAGCACAGCGGCACAGGACGCGCCGUUUUGGGACGACAAUGAGGACUCCGCUUCACUGUUUCAGGGUCCAUUCUCCGACUUCGGGUUUCCCCUGUCGCCAGACCAAGCUCAGCUGGAAGAGAUGGAUAUGUCGCACCCAAACGAUGAUUCAGAUGAUAACCCAUCAGAUGCGCCACUCCCGAGCUUCCUGGGUACUAGACCGAGUCCAGAUCCACAGGAGGGACAAGGCAUGCAAUUUGAUGCUUUUGUGCGAAAAACAUUCAACAAUCGACGACAGCUCCAUGAUGUGGUUGGCGACCGACAAAGUCACGCCACAAGUCGAGGCUCUCGGCUUUCAAGUGCCCGAGCAGAAAAGUCGCAGUAUCCUCCCCUCAUGGGUGCCUUUUCCUCUGUGCUCUCUGAGAGUGACGACGCGAUGUGGGAACCGGAAAAUUUGGCCCACCCGAGUUUUGACCCUACUUAUGAACCAUGGCUGCUAGUCCUCGCUGUCAUAGCAACUGGAUGUCGCUUCUCACGAGUGCCUGAGGCGGUGGACUGUGUGGAUCUUCUGCAAGAGUUUGUUCGCAGAGCGUUUUAUGCAACGAUCGAGAAGGACUAUGGGGCCACGUGCGAACCCUGGUUCGCCCAAGCCGGAGUGCUUAACCAAAUAGGCAUGCAAUUCUCGAAAGACAUGAGACUCGUGGAGUCGGCUCAAGCCAUGCGAAGUACGCUCGAGGUGAUAUGUCGAAAGAUAAAUUGCUUUUACGAGGCCGAACGUCUAGUGAGUGCAUCGGAAAUGCAAAAUAAGACGCAGCAGGCUUGGGAACUGUGGGUACGAAAGGAAAGCAUGCGUCGACUGGCUUACACACUUUGGCUGGUUGACAGCCAAUAUAUGUUGUUUCUUGACCAGCCUCCGCUGAUUCCCACAAAUCUACUCCGGGUGCGCUUGCCUAGUGCCGAAAAUAUAUGGCACGCUCCCACAGCGGCCCUGUGGCGUGAAUAUUCGCAGCAGUAUGGUGAGCCUAGCCGCAAAGAUCUCGACAAUGCUUUCGGUCAUCGUUUACUGAAGAGUUCUGAUGCAGGCGUGGCACCACCAGGCAAUAUCCGAAGAGAGUUAAAUAACCUCUACAAGACCAGGACCCGUCGGCACGGGUUUGGCGAUUUUGCCAUUCUCCUGCUAGUCCUGGGUGUCUUCCGCAACGCUCUCGACGUUUGGCGCAAUUCCCGUGAAGGAUACGAUAUAUACCUCGGGGCCACGCAGGACCUUCAGCAGCAUGGUUCUAAUUCAUUUUCGACCGCCAACACUCCCCCAGUCGCCCAGAAAGCUCUGGAAUAUCUACAAAUACUGUGUUCCGAGAACGAGGACUUGUUACUACCGUCUUCAUUGAAGUCUGUGACAUUACAUCACUAUCACGCCAUCGGCAUUGUCCUUGGCAUCCCCCUGGGUGAGCUCUUUUGUUACUUGGGCUAUCGUGUCACUAGCGUCGAUAUAGCUCAUUGCCGGCAUCGUCUUAGAAGUUGGUUCCAACAGCAUGACAGAGAAGCUCGUCAGGUGGCGCUACAUGCAGGCCGACUUUUUGCUUGCAUUCGGCAGUCAAACAUGCAUGGGUAUUAUGAAGGCCGUGCAUUGUUGAUAGCUUGCUUGACCUUGUGGAUCUAUGGUGACAAUGCCAGACUAUGCUCUAAUCUUCCUUCUGAAGCCAAUGCCGUUCCAACGAUCCGUCUAGACCAACGUCUCGGGAGGCAAAUUGAGGAAUCCUGGUUGCAAGAUGGCACAGGAAUGCGUCCCUGCCUGGCAGGCGUGGGCAGCAUCAUGGGAUCGGAUGGAGUUUCUCGCUUGAUUCAAGAAGGUUCCAGGGUGCUGUGUGCCUCUUCCGUUUGGCCGAUAUCUGAUGUUCAAGGGAAAGCGUUGCAAAUCUUCCACAAGCUUCGCACGUCAGAAUUGAGCUAG